GGCCAUAUUUAGAACAGAAAAAUUACUGUGAAGACUGCCGCUGCUACAGUCAUUUUAUUUUAUAUUCUUUUUUAUUUUAGUUUAUGAAGUUUGGACCAAUUCACAGUCACUAUGAAGAACAUUUAGAAUAG